AUGAAAAUAACCAUCCACUCUUACCACUCUGUCGCCUAUUGGAAAUGGGACAUAUCAUCCGACGAGCCCCACAAGCUACACAAUCAUCUUGAUCUGGACGAUAUCGAGAAUGGAUAUAUAAACCCCGAUGAUCCCGCAACGAUGGAAGAUGAUGAUGAGGAUGAUGAAGUUUGUGGGAUUUGUCAGAAUGCCUUUGAAGGUUGUUGUCCGGAAUGCAAAGUACCAGGAGAUGAUUGUCCGCUAAUAUGGGGAGAAUGUACUCAUGUAUUCCACAUGCACUGUUUGCUGAAAUGGAUAGAUACGGAGUCGUCAAAGCAGCAGUGUCCGAUGGACAGACGGCCAUGGGUCACAGCAGAUCGUAAGCCCGACAAAUUAUCUACCACCUCGACAGGUCAACCUGUAGCUCAGGUUGCACCUGGUCCAUUACCCACAGAGGAAGAAGGGGGUGUGGUGAUGUUAGCUGAUCUAUCCGGAGAGGCGGAUAUGGGUGAAAGUGAACAGCAGGAAGAAGGGGAAAGUAUGGAAGUUGAUGGACGAUAA